AUGGACGCAGCGAACCUCUCCCGCGCCGCUGCGGGCGUCGCUCUCUCCCCGGGCCCCGCAGCGAGCAGCAGCAGCCCGGGUCCGGGCGGGGAGGCCCCGACGGCGCCGGCCCGAGACCCGCCCUCCUCCGUCUUCACCGUGCUGGUGGUGGCACUGCUGGUGCUGCUGAUCGCGGCCACUUUCCUGUGGAACCUGCUGGUGCUCGUCACCAUCCUGCGCGUCCGCGCCUUCCACCGCGUGCCGCAUAACCUGGUGGCCUCGACGGCCGUGUCGGACGUGCUGGUGGCCGCCCUGGUGAUGCCCCUGAGCCUGGUGAGCGAGCUGUCGGCGGGGCGCCGCUGGCGCCUGGGCCGGAGCCUGUGCCACGCGUGGAUCUCCUUCGACGUGCUGUGCUGCACCGCCAGCAUCUGGAACGUGGCGGCCAUCGCCCUGGACCGCUACUGGACCAUCACGCGCCACCUGCAGUACACGCUGCGCGCCCGCAGCCGCGCCUCGGCGCUCAUGAUCGCGCUGACCUGGGCGCUCUCGGCGCUCAUCGCCCUGGCGCCGCUGCUCUUCGGCUGGGGCGAGGCCUACGACGCGCGGCUGCUGCGCUGCCAGGUGAGCCAGGAACCCGCCUACGCCGUCGUCUCCACCUGCGGCGCCUUCUACCUGCCCCUGGCCGUGGUCCUCUUCGUCUACUGGAAGAUCUACAAGGCGGCCAAGUUGCGCUUCGGCCGCCGCCGCCGGGCUGUGCUGCCGUUGCCGGCGACGAGCGCGCAGGUGAGGGAGACGCCUCGUGAAGCUGAGGUGGUGUUCACGGUCCGCCGCCCAACCGUGGCCUUCCAGGCGAGCGAGGAGUCGUGGCGGGAGCAGAAGGAGAAGCGGGCAGCGGUGAUGGUGGGCAUUCUCAUCGGGGUCUUUGUGCUGUGCUGGAUCCCCUUCUUCCUGGCGGAGCUCAUCACCCCCCUGUGUGCCUGCAGUCUGCCCCCCAUCUGGAAAAGCAUAUUCCUGUGGCUUGGCUACUCCAACUCCUUCUUCAACCCCCUGAUUUACACAGCGUUUAACAAGAACUACAACAAUGCCUUCAAGAAUCUCUUCACCAAACAGCGAUAAACACAGUGCCCACGGAGAGUAGUGGAGAGACAUGUCUGCCUGCGUCCUGUACUAGU